AUGUCUGCUUCACAUUCAGAGUAUAUUCAAAAGCUAUGUAGAUUGUGUGGGAAGAAAAUUGUGAAAAGUAAACAUUACGUUAAUUUUAAAUCUUGUGAUAUUUACAGUGAAGUGUUUCAAUCUAUAUAUGGAAUAAAUUGUGAACAAGAAGAUCCUUGUGUAUUUCCUAAAUUUACUUGUAAUGGAUGUAGAAGAAAAUUAGAUGAGAUGAAAACGUCAAAAAAAAUAAUUGGUACUGCUGCAUCAUUUUACCCUCAUGUGGAUGAAAAUUGUGUGUGCAUGAAUUAUGCUGUAAACAGAAAAGACAGCUUAAAAAUACUGGAAUUAGAUGUGAGUAUGAAGAAAGUUGGUUUUAGUAUAUGUGAUAAAUCGGAUAACUAUAAACGUGUCUAUACCCUUUGUCAAAAUGAAAAAGAAUUAAACCAUUUGCUUACAAUACGUAUAGACAACAGCAAUGGUUGGGAUUUCUCCAUAUAUGGGAAACCUAUGGAGAAAGAAACAAUACAACUAACAAAAACUCUGCCAUGUGUUUUGAAAAAUGAUGAUAUUUCAACUUUCUCGUCAUUCUGGAAGUCAGUCAGUGUUUGCACGGGGUUACAAGGUUAUGAAGAUGUAAUCAAGUCGAGAUGUAAUUUCGAACAGCCAUUCAUGAAUCAGAGUGGAACAUUUCCAGUAGCUUUUGUUGAAGACGAUAAAAUGGUCAGAUUUGAUGAAGACAAUUUUAAAACAAUACGCCAUACCAACUGUCAUUUUUUAGCUGAAAAACCUUCAUCUGUAUGUAGUAUGUGCAAUUCUUUUAAACCAACAGUUAAAAAAGUUAGAAGUAGACGGAAAAGUGAUGAUUCUGUGCUUGAUUCCUCACAUACAAACAUUCGAUAUCUUUCCAGAGAAGAACUAGAGGAAAGAUAUCGCAAUACUCAGGGAGAAAAACAGAGAGCAAUAAAGAAAGUUGCCCAAUUAUCAUCUUGGGUAAGAAAAAUUACUGAGAAAGAAUGCAUCCAUGUUGAUGAUGAGCAACACGAAUUUAUAAAAAAUAUUGUUUGCAAUGAGGAAACAUGUCCUGAAAUACCCGAAGGCAGUCCCCAGUGGUUGUUAUGGGAGCAACAAAAAGAAAUGGCUUCCAAAAGUUCACCUAAUGGCAUGAGAUGGCACCCACUAAUUAUUAGGUGGUGCCUCAGUUUAUACCACCAUUCACCAGCAGCAUAUAAACAUUUGCGAAAUCCGAAUUUGAAUUUUUUAAAACUCCCACAUAUUGACACACUUAAAAAAUACAUAAACUUCACUGAUCCAAUGUGUGGAUUCAAUCCAGAUGUCAUUGAAAGAUUAAUAGUGGAUAGUAAAAUUGCAACUCUGGAUGAUCACCAAAAAAACGUUUCGCUUAUUUAUGAUGAGAUGAAAAUAAAAGCUGACUUGGUGUUCAGACAGUCAACUGGACAAUUGGUUGGUUUCACUGAUAUGGGGGAUAUUAACGAUGAGUUAGUUGAAUUUCAAAAACGUGCUGAGGGAUCAUCAGAGAAUGAUCGUCACUUUGCUUCCUAUGUGAUAGUGUUUAUGGUUCGAGGAAUUGUUUCAUCUCUGGUGUAUCCUUUUGGAUAUUUCGCAUCAUUGGGAUUUACCUCUGAUCAGCUCUAUCCAUGUGUAUGGGAGGCGACAUAUGUAUUGGAGGCAAUUGGUUUUUAUGUUCGAGCAUUUAUUUCAGAUGGUGCUUCUCCCAAUAGGAAGUUUUACAAAAUUAUGGUGACACCUGAUAUUGGUAACACAUAUUGGACCAACAACUUAUUAUCAUUGGACAGAAAGAUCUUUUUUAUAUCCGAUGUCCCUCAUCUCAUUAAAACAACGAGAAACUGUUUCGAGAACUCUCAUGGAAACAAUAAUACACGCAAUCUUUUUCUCGAUCACAUGGAUAUCAGCUGGAACCAUCUUGUCAAUGUUUAUGAAUGGGAUCUGAAUUUACAUGGAGCAGCACCUGGAUUAAGGAAACUUUAUAAACUAAAAGAGGAUCACAUAAAGUUAACUCCAAGGUUGAGGAUGCAAGUUAAGUUGGCUACCCAAGUUUUGAGUAAAACAACUGCUGAUGCACUUGAGGUUCAGGGGCUGCAUUAUACGAAAAGUACAAUAAAGUUUGUGCGUAUGUUUGACCAAGUUUUUGAUUGCUUGAAUGUAUCUUCAAUUAAUCAAGAUCGUGGCGGAAAAAUAGCUCUUGCAGCAUAUAGAGAUGUUAACGAUUGGCGUUUUGAGUUUUUAGAGAAAGAAUUCCUCGAACAUUACCUGGGAAGGUGGGAAGAACAAGCCAAUGACACACCUAAUUUAUCCCAAGAUGAAAAAAAUAAAUUGUUAUUGAGCAAACAGACGAUAAAUGGUUGGAAAAUAACAGUGAAAUCAUUCGUGGAACUGACCAAAUUACUUCUCCAGAGUCCAAAUGUCAAGAUGAUUUUGAGCGAGAAAUUCUCACAAGAUCCAUUGGAGGAACAUUUCGCUCGUCAAAGACGAAGUGGUGGUACAUGUGACAACCCAACACUUUAUCAAUUUGGCCAACAAGAACUUUCUUUGCUUGUUAUGAAAUCUGAGUUGAUCAGAGAUCUACGUGGAAACACUCGACGUGGUAAUCAAAAUCAGAUUCACCUAGACGUAAAUGAUAUGAGGAAACUUCCACAGAAAAGAAAGAGAUAGUUAUUUAUAUAUUGAUACUUUUGGAAACAUGAUUGUUUGACUAUUUUAUUUAUAUUUUUUCUGAGUAUGUCAGACAUUUUUUCCAUUACGCUUUUUCAACAUAGAAGUUGUUUUGUUAUUAGUGCCUUGUCUUUUGAGUCACAUCUUUUGCAAAUAUUUUUAGUGGAGUACGAUUUUGACUUUGAUUUGAAACAUUUUUUUGAAAACAUCAAAUCUUAGAAAAUAAUUGAGAUUAAAAAAAUUUAGGAUUGCUACUUUAUUAUUGCUAUGUAAUUUUUAUUUAUGUCAUCGGGAAAUUACAACUAUUACGGAAUUUCUUUUAUCUUCAUUUCGAAUGGAUCCGCCAUACGUGAAUAAAUAUUACAGUUUUGUUUUGCUUUUUUACAUACUCACUUCGCGAUAUGUAGAACAACCCUGGGGACAAGUUUCAUUAUAUUCCCAACAAGAAUUCAUGCGAAGGAGUGUCGAAAUUAAUAU